UAAGAUAAGAUAAGCGUAUGAUUAUUAUGUUAUCAUUCAAUAAAUACUUCAUACAAUGGGACAAAGUUCUAGUAACUAUUUUAGGAAAACGUUUUAUAUCAAGCUAUAUGUAAGUUGUAGGCAAUACGCUAAAUAUACAAUUAUAUUAUUAAAUAAAAGAAGUAGAGAAUUUCAUACAAAAUAAGAGAUUAAAAAUAUUACGAUUGAAAAGAAUAGGGAAUCUGAAGCUAAAUGUGAAUUAAAAAAAAAAAAAAAAAAAAAAAAAGAAAGAAAAGAAAAGAAAAGAAAAAAUGAAAGAGAUUAAUCUUGGAAUUUCACAACAAACCUUGGUCUCCAAUGACGAUCAAAGUGUGCCAGCUAAAAGACUGCUUCAAUAUGUUGCAAGUUUGGCAGCAAAUCUUGGAGCCUUAGCAGCUGGAAUGUCAUUAGCAUGGACCUCUUCUGCUGGUGAUAAUGGAAAAGACUUACAAUCUUUAUAUGGUGUACCUAUUUCUCCAGAAGAAUUUUCAUGGAUUAGCUCAAUAACUGCAAUAGGUUCAGCAGUAAUAUGUAUUCCUAUUGGAAUUCUUGCUGACAUGAUAGGAAGAAAAUUUUCAAUGCUUUUGAUGGUGAUACCUUUUACCUUAGGCUGGUUACUUCUAAUUUUUGCCAACAAUCUAAUCAUGUUUUAUGCUGGUAGAUUCAUCACUGGCCUCAGUGGUCCAGCUUUUUCUGCAGUAGCACCAAUAUACACAGCAGAGAUAGUUGAGAAUGAAAUUCGUGGAACUGUUGGAUCUUACUUUCAAUUACUUCUCACUAUAGGCAUUCUUUUAUCAUAUGUUUUGGGAACUUUUGUUGAUAUGCGUGUACUGUCAAUUAUAUCUGGUAUUAUACCAGUUAUAUUUUUUGGAGUUUUUAUGUUUAUGCCAGAAUCACCAGUCUACUAUUUAAAAAAAGGUGAUGAAGACUCUGCUAAGAAAAGUUUAAUUAGAUUGCGCGGUAUUCAGUACAAUAUCGAAAAUGAGUUACAAAAUCAAAAACAUGCAUUAGAAGAAUGCAAUCAAAAUACAACCUCUUUUUGGACUUUAAUCAAAUCUAAAGCAGCUUUAAAAGGCUUUAUAAUUGCUUAUGGCCUUAUGCUUUUUCAACAAUUAUGUGGUGUAAAUGUUGUUAUAUUUUAUACAAACAGCAUUUUUCAGAAAGCUGGCAGUGAUUUAGACCCUCAUUAUUCAACUAUUAUAAUAGGUGCAAUACAAGUAUUAGCUGUCUUUGUGAGCACAUUAAUUGUAGAUCGUAUAGGCAGAAAAAUAUUACUAUUAGUAUCUAUAAUAUUUUUGGCUUUAACAACUUGCGCCCUUGGAGUUUUUUUCUACCUUCAAGAAAACCAGGGACCUUCAAUUACAUGGUUACCUCUAACGUCUCUAUGUAUUUUUAUUAUUAUGUUUAAUAUGGGUUUUGGUCCAGUUCCAUGGUUAAUGAUGGGUGAAAUUUUUGCACCAGAAAUUAAGGGUGUAGCUUCAAGUAGUGCUUGCCUUUUAAAUUCGGUAUUAGUUUUUAUUGUAACUAAAUUUUUCAUUAACGUUUCCACGGCAAUUGGUACAGGUGAAACAUUUUGGUUAUUUGCCGCAAUUUGUGUUAUUGGAAUUUCCUUUGUGUAUUUAUUAGUUCCUGAAACAAAAGGAAAGUCUUUAGAAGAAAUUCAAAAAGAAUUGAAUGGCUCCUAAAUAAUGUUAUUAUUUAAAAAUUGUUUGUCUACAAUGGUCCACUGAUGGUGGGUUUAAUAUUAUUUCAAAAAAUGUAUUAAAAAGCUGUAGAAUAAAAUAUUGUAACAAAAUAAAUAUGUAUACACCUAUAAAAAAUUUAUAAUAAACAAUUAAAAUAUGAACAUUCUGCAAACGAUUCAAGAUUACUUUAUUUGAAUAUAAAUUUUGAAAUAAAUUCAAGUAUACAACAGACAGUGGUCCAAUAUUUCAAGCUUAAAAGUUGUGUGUGUGUGUAUAUAUGACUUCUGUACACUGAAUACAUUUUAAUUUGCAUUGUAUAAAUAUAGUUUUUGCAUAAAUUUUAUUUUGAGAAAGACCGGUUUUGUAACCUAUUUUUAUCUUAUAUAUUUUAGAUGUGUAAAAUGCAAACAUAGCAGACUUAAGGCAAGGAGAUCGCUAUUUUAAAAGUUAGGCGCAUCGAAAGUUUAUGUUAUUCAGCAAAAAUUAUCAGAUGAUAUAAAAGAAAGUUGUAAACUCGGUGUAAACCUGUGAAUGAGAAGUUCAAUCCAUUACGGUAUCAUAACAAUAAUUUGUAAGUACAUACAUGUAUGUAUCUAUAUGUAAAUUCGCAUGAUGCUUCAAAAUACAUAAUAGCGUUAGUAAUUAUCCAAACCUAAUUACGGUCGUGUAUACAUUACUUCUCUGAGAUAAGCUUCUGUUGAUCAGGCAAACAAAAAAUAUAACAAGCUGUUAUAAAUUUCUUUUUACAAUUGUAUAUGUACAACUGUAUAUAUACAAAAUACAUUCGAAUGUCUCCAAAUAGUUAAAAAAAAGAAAUUCGCGGACCUCAAACAGAAAGUACAAAUCUUGAGAAUGUAUGAAUAAAAUUAGAAAAAGAUCCGACUACGUAUGCAGGAUUGAUAGCACAAUAAAAGCAAUCUAUAUAUCGCUUACGCAAGUUACAUAAGUAUUCGAACGCGUAUUUCAUAAUGAAUAGUAUGAUGAAUAGUAAUUCUUAAACAUGGCUACAAAGAGGUCAGAAACCAGUAAGUGUGAUCGUUAAUUGAUAGUGAAAUUACAUGAAGGAAAAUUUCAUUAAGAAAUUACGAAUCUCCUAAAUAGAGCAAGUUGCCUAUACAUUAUGUAAUUAAUUCUUAAGCAUUUUGAUUGAAUAAUGAAUUGAAAAACAGAAAGCGUUUUACGUUAUCAGUUGGAAAAAGCUUAGACACUUCAAGCGCAACAAGAAGUUUAAUCUCUAAUGUUUGUUGUCUGAUAUAUAAUAAUAUAUCCUCAUUAUUAACUGAUAAAUUUAUUUUAUUUAUUUAUCUAUUUACCUUAUAUCCAGUUGAGUUAGUUGUUAAUAGCUAAUGUUAGUAAAAAUAUAUCUAAUUAGUGUUCAUCACAAUAUCAAAAAGCUGGCAUUUUAUACUUUAGAAAUGUUCCUUUUCAUAGCAACAAAAGUAAGCGUGCAAACAAACGAGUGAUUACAACUAGUUAUCAAUGAUGACUAAUAAUUAUAACACUUAGUCAAUAAAAUCAUGAUAAAAUCUGUUAUCAAAAUUCCUUUGUUGUAUCGACUAUGUUGCUAUAGAAUUUCUAUUUACAGCAUCAUAGAUUCACCCUAUUAAGAGCCAUCAGUAAUAACACAUGACAUUACAAUUCUUUGAAUCUUAAUUAACUUCGAUUUUAACUAAUUUAUUUAAUAUAAGGUAAGUCACGCAGUGGGGUUACACAGGAUCAUACAGAGUGUCAUCUAUUUGAUUAUAGGCGCAAAAGUUUUUUACGUGAGUUCAGUUUAAUAAGCAUUAGAAGAAAGCAAGAACGACGUAACAGCACAUCGAUAGUGUUUAUAAACAUAUUAAGUAUGUAACUACUUGAGUAUCUCAAGUACCUUGUGAGCACACUCGAGAGUAAAGUGUUGGAUCUGGUUGAAUGACUACUCGUCUGUCAUAAUUUACAACAAGUCAGCCAGCGAUAAACGAUGCAAUUUUUAAGAACUGCAAAAAAGCAACUUAGUCAGCGUGUACUAACUUUCUAAAAGUUAGUAAAGAUUCGAAACCGAAAAAUUAUUUAAUUUGAAAUUAAUUAACGAAAACAUAUGUCAAAACUGCAAAAGAGACCAGUGAUGUUAUACUAUAUCUCAAUAGCUGAUUUUUUUUAUAGUAAUUACCAACAUAACACAUAAUAAGCUACAAGAAAAUAUUGCCAGUCGUUUUUCUUAGAAUUUGAAACGUACCUAAAGUUGGAUUUUUAUAAUUAUCAUAAUUAAAUGGCUAUUUUUGUAACUUCAAAUUAGGAUCUCCUUAAUACUAGUAUACAAUUGGGCGAUAUAAAAUUGCAUUCAAUUACCCGGUAAUAUGUGAUUCGCGUACUCUAUCUUUAUAUCUCUGUGCUUAUUAGUACUGGCUAGAGUCACUAGCCAAUUCGAUAUUUAUAUCUGUUGUCAUAUGAAGGGGCAUUGUCAAGGCAUAAAAGGUUCGCUCUGCAUUAUGAUAACCACUAAUGAGAUUAAUUUGUAUUUGACAUUAGUAAUUAACAAUUUUUCUGAUUGGACGUAACAAAAAUCGCAAUUUGUUAUUUUGUAAUUGGAAGAGAUACAUUUGAGCCACGAGAUUUAUAGGUAAAUUAAUCAAAGCGUUCAAAGAAUUCAAACAUAUUGUGUCUCAAAGCUUCCUUCUGCAAUAUCGAAGUUAGUUGACGAGUGCUUCCAGAAAACAUAGUAAGUGAAAAAAUUGAAAAUUUUUGAUUUUUUAUAAAUAUCCUACAUACUAAUGAGAAUACUGUGAUAUAGAAUUUAAGUGCAACCUCCCUUUCUAGAUAAUUAUUAAUAAUACUAGAAUAUCGUGUUACAUAGUCGCCUCUAUAGAGAAAAAUAUAAGCCCCAAUAAACAGUAAUUAAUCGUUUCUUGGUGAAGAAUCGUUUCCGAAAAAUUGUUUCUUGGCACUUACAAUGUUUGCCACAAAACACUCAAAAUUUUCCUUCUUGUAAAAUUUAAGUUGUUGUUCAAUUUGUUGUUUUAAAAUAUUUAAAUAAUUCAAAUAUAUGUUGAUUGGUUUUAUAUUACAUUUUGAGUUAUUAUCGAAGCCAUCAUGAGCAGAACGGAUCAACGUUCCACGGGCAUCCGAACUCGCUCCAAAAUGUCGACUUUCUAACAAACUAGGCCGAAACAGUAACAGUUUUGCUGACAGUAAUGGGAUACGCAAAAUAUCCGUGGAAUCUUGAAGAGACGGCGAAACACUUGAGGAUCGAUGGCGAGAGGAAGCUUUCCCCUAUUGCCGGCUGGUGAGUGGCUUCUUGCGAAGAUGCAAUCUCUUUCUCUUGAAUUUCUGCACAGUUUUCCCUGAGUGUAGAGUGUAAAUAUCGGAAGAAUGAUGACAACGGCCGUGCAAGUAUUCACUCACUGCUAAAUGCACCCGACAUAUCUUGAUCCAUUCCCUGGUCAGUCAUCGAGACAUUGAACGAAUACCGCAAUUGGAUUUCUUGGCAAUUAUUGGAGGACUAUUACGAUCUGCGACCUGCGACCUGGUAUCCAAGCGCUGAAUGAGAUCAACAUCUGGAAAAUUGGACUCAACUGGACUCCAAAAUAGCCUGCGUAUAAAAUAAGUACCACCUGAUUAGAUUGUAAUCUGUAAAUUCUCUCCUGUCUAUCGUGUAUUCUAUCAAACAUAGUUAUUUUGUAAUCAAAUUUGUUAGGUUGUAUGAACCUUGAGUUAAGUUUUAAGAAAUGUAAAAAUAGUCGUAGUUUAAGAUUUAAUAUUUCAUUUUUUGAUGUCGAAGAUAUAUUUUUUGAAACCAUGCGAGUCGAAUCUCAUGUUGACAUAUCACAAUUUUCAGAAUUAAGUCUUUUGUCAACAUAAGCAAGUAGCUUCAUCGUUGAUCUUCCCCGAAAUGAAGAACCAAUUGCCUUAUUCAACCAUGGUUGUUACUGCUAAUCCCGAAUCUUCUACCGACGUAUCGCAUCCUCAAAAAUCAAUCUUCGUGACAACGCAAAUGGACACUCCUGUUGUUAAAUUACCUGAAUUCGAUAGUCAGUCGCCUCAUUCAAAAAUGGUUCCUCAACAUAAUGCUGUAAAGUCAUCGAAUACCUCUUUUUUAAAUUUUACCUCGCAUUAAAAUUAUAAUUAAUAUAAUGAAGCAAAAUGGUAAAUACUAAUAUCGUCUACAAUCUCACAGGCAUUGAUUCAAUAAUCAUACUUACUUGUGACGAAAUUAUCAUUAAAAAGCUCAUUAUGUCGAUGUAAACUUUCAAAUUGUAAAUAAUGAAUUUUCCAUUGCCGAGACAGGAAUCUUAGAAAUACCGUUUUUAGAAAGUCGAAAUGCGAUGUUGAAAUUUAGGAACGAUGAGGCGAAUAGUCUUCAGAUUGGUGAUAAGGAAUUUCCCCUGUUUACAUCGUCUUCCGACGAAUUCUUCCCGACCUUGACUUACCUCCUCGUACCAAAACCCUUAUAGCCCUGCUUGUCAAAUAAUCUAAAAUCAAAGUAGGUGACGUAAAUAAAUUGACCACUGAUUCGGCUGUUUAUAUAAGAGAAACGUUAAUUGUACAGGAAAACGGAUUUGCCAUCCCGAAUAAGGAAUAAGCUCAAUUAAAAAGAUUGAUUCGGGAAAAUUUAACGUAACAAUAUACACUAAUGCAUCUAUGUGCAUUCGGUUAGGAUCCAGUAAACGGAGACAAAAAAAAGCCUAUGGUUUCUGAAAUAAAUCCCUAUGAAAGAAGCGCAUAAAUUAUUUAGAGCUUUUAACGAUUGAACAAGCUCUACGAGAAUUGAUCGCGGAGAGGACGCAAGAAGUCUAUGCUAAUAUCUGGAUGAGGACAGCAGAAUACGGAUUGAAAACGUUCUUCAAGUAGCGAAGAUCGUAUCAAACGAACCUGAUAAAGAUAAAUUCAUGUUAACUAACGAGGAGGAAGUGUAA